CAGUCCUUCCCACAACGGCAGCAGCAGCGGAGGAUAUAGCGCCAGUAAGAAGAAAAAAGUGUCCGCCUCGAGCUUUGCACAGCCAGCGGGCCAAGCUCCUCACUUCUCCCCUGGACUACCACCUCUCGAAAGAGCAGGGGACUCUCACUCUUUUUGACCUGCAUGCCAGCUACAGCUUCCUCCUCAGGUUCCAUGGAGUCCCUGGCUCAUUUGCUGUUAGAUUAACCUCUAAAAACAGGCCCAGAACCAGCUGUUUCUUCAAGGAUCACAACUAGUUCUUGGAAAACAAUAUUGAGAAACCAGGAUCUGAACAAGGGUGUGCCUAUUGUUCAUUGUUUCCAGCCCUCUCGGGAGAGAACUAAGUUAAAAACCGGUAUCAGCAUGGAAGCCGUGAGUGAGAAUAAAAUGGUGCCCUCUGAUUUUAACACAGGACCUAUGGAAAAAACUUCCAAGCCUUUGCCAUUUAAGGAUCCCAACUUUGUGCACUCUGGCCAUGGUGGUGCAGUAGCUGGCAAGAAGAAUAGAACCUGGAAGAACCUGAAACAAAUUCUCGCUUCUGAAAGGGCAUUGCCGUGGCAACUGAACGAUCCUAACUACUUCAGUAUUGAUGCUCCUCCAUCCUUCAAACCAGCUAAGAAAUACUCCGAUGUUUCAGGUCUUCUUGCCAACUACACUGACCCCCAGAGCAAGCUGCGGUUCAGCACCAUCGAAGAGUUUUCCUACAUCCGAAGGCUGCCAUCCGAUGUUGUCACUGGCUACCUGGCCCUGAGAAAGGCCACAAGCAUCGUUCCCUGAGCCUUGAAGUGGAGACGAAGUGGGAAAUUAUUUCGAAGCCAGUGUUUAGACUCACAGUUUUGUUUCAUGGAAACAUAUUCAUUCUACUGUCAAUCUGGAAAUGUCAGUGCUGUGCCUUGGAAAGAAUGUUUGGCUUUAAGGUGUUUUUUUUUUUUUCUUCUUUUUUCCCUCCAAGUGUGAUAUUUCCUGUUGAGUUAAAUUAUAUUUCAUUUGUUGCCUCAAGUAAAGUCAUUUGACAAGAAAACAUGAAAUUGUGCUUUCAAUUUA